AUGUGGAAAAAUUUACAACAGUCUUUGCUAGGUUUUGGAGUAGAUAGUCAAUUACAAAAACAAAUUCUUAGUGAAACAGAAAAAUGGAAAGCUAUCUUAAAAAGGCUUCUUGAUGUGACUUUAUUCCUAGCUUCUAGAGGAUUGCCUUUUCAAGGCAGUAGCACUAAAAUUGGUGACGUAAAUAAUGGUAACUUUCUUGGCGUAUUAGAACUUCUUGGACGUUAUGAUGAAAUAACAAGAGGGCAUUUAGCAUACGUUAAAGAAUAUCAAAAUGAAGGUGAAAGUAUGAAAGGAAGGACCCAUUAUUUAUCUUGGAUGAGUCAAAAUGAAUUUAUUUCCCUUUGUGGUGAUAAGGUUUUAAAACAUAUUCUCGAAGAACGAACUGAAUCAAUAUAUUAUUCAAUUAUUGCUGAUGCGACCCCCGAUGUUUCACACCAAGAACAGAAUGUUUUAAUUUUAAGAUAUGUUUUUCGUAAUAAGGAGACAAAACAAUUUGAAAUUCAAGAAAGAUUUAUUGAGUUUUUGAACUUUAAUGAAAAAACAGGUGAAAGUAUUGCUACUAUGUUAUUAGCAGCAUUAGACCGUCAUAAAAUUCCAUUACCAGAUUGUCGAGCCCAAGCGUAUGAUAAUGGUUCUAAUAUGAGUGGGAAAAUUAAAGGAGUACAAGCUCGAAUUUUAGAAAAAAAUAACAUUGCUUUUUAUUCACCUUGCAGCGCUCAUUCUCUUAAUCUCGUUGGUGUUAAUGCAGUAAAAAUAAAUUCAAGAAUUAAAACUUUUUUUGGAUUUGUACAAAGCUUAUUUGUAAGUUUUAGUAGCAGUCUAGCAAAAUGGAAUAUCUUAAGUGAAAAGGUUGGUGUAUCAUUAGAGUCUCAGUCUGAAACACGGUGGAGCUCCCGCGUUUCAGCCAUACGCCCAAUUGUAAACCAUCUUCCUGGUAUUUUAAAAUCAUUAAAUAGAGUUUUAACUGAAAUUAACAUGCCAGACAAAAUAGAUGAAUGGCCUACAAUUUUAAAUGAAGCUAGUUUAGUGGCAAACAAUUUGAACAUUAUACCAAAUUUUCCUGAAGAAGAAAGGAGAGCAAAAAAAAGGAAAGUAUUUCAUGAUGAAGUUCAAUCAGAGACUAUUAUUCAACCUAAUAAAGCAAUUGUAGCACAAGAUUCUUUUAAGAGGGAUAAAUUAGAAACUAUUUUUAUAAAUACUUCUGUUGCUUUAAGAAUAUUUUGUACACUACCAGUAACAGUCUCUGAAGCAGAAAGAGCUUUUAGUAAAUUAGGAAAUCAGCUUAAGACUUGGCAAAGGGCUUCAAUCGGCCAAGAUCGACUUAGUUCCCUUGCACUUUUAUCAAUUGAAAACAAACUUGCAUCAAAAAAUAACUUCGAUGAUGUUAUACAUGAUUUUGCCAAAAAAAAGCAAGAAAAGAAAAAUAAUAGAAAAGAUUAUUUUGGAUUUUUUCGUCCAAGUUCUGAAUACUGA